GCGAUCGCGCGAAUCUCUCUCAGAACUUCUUCUUUUAUCGCAGAUCGGAGUUUUUGUUUCCGUCGCCGACUAGAUAAAAGGGAAGAUGUCUGCUUUUCAGGAAGAAGACAAGAAGCCUGGAGACCAAGGACCAGCUCACAUCAAUCUCAAAGUCAAGGGCCAGGAUGGAAAUGAAGUCUUCUUUAGGAUAAAGAGGGCUACUCAGCUGAAGAAGCUGAUGACCGCUUACUGCGACCGUCAAUCUGUUGAUUUCAACUCAAUCGCUUUCUUGUUUGAUGGACGUCGUCUCCGUGGUGAACAGACUCCUGAUGAGCUUGAUAUGGAAGAGGGAGAUGAGAUCGAUGCAAUGCUCCAUCAGACCGGUGGUGUUGCUAAUGAUGGCAUGUAUCUGUUCUGCUUUUAGUGGUCUCUAUGGUGGUGUCUCAAUAAGAGUGUGUAACAGUUAUCAAUAAGGCGGUGUGAUGUUAUUAUUGGAUCAUUAAAUAUCUAAUGGGCUUUUGUUUAAUGAAGCGGUAGCUUAAACUAUAGGCUACUUUAACCGACCUUGGUAAUUGUAUAAAACUUGUCCUCCACGUUUACUUGACGCCCAAGUUUCUCGUUUCCUUAUAAAACCUAGCUUUUC